AUGCUGGAGGAGGAGGAGGACGAGGAGGAAGAGGAGCUGGAGGAGGACGACGAGGAGGAGCUGCUGGGCGAGGACGGCGGGGGGCUGCUGGAGGAGGCCCGCCGGGGCGCAGGAGCAGCGCCGGGGGCGGAGGGCGGGGGGCUGUCCCCCAAAGAGGAGCUGCUGCUGCCGCCCGAGGACGGCGAGGGCAAGGACGGCGAGGAGAGCGUGUGCCUGUCGGCCGGCAGCGACUCCGAGGAGGGGCUGCUCAAGAGGAAGCAGCGCCGCUACCGCACCACGUUCACCAGCUACCAGCUGGAGGAGCUGGAGAGGGCCUUCCAGAAAACGCACUACCCCGACGUCUUCACCAGGUACCGGCACCGCCGGGGCGGCGCGGGGCGAGGGAACGUGGCGGGGA